GCCUAAGGAUACGAGCUGAGCCACCAAAACUGUCCUGUAAGCAGCAGAAGGAGGACAGCAGACCUUUACGUCACUGACACAGGCUGGACCCACAUCCCAAAGGCUUUAUCUUCCAGAUUCUCCAGCUGGUGACCCUUUGUUUUAGACUCUUCCCUUGUACCUGCUCGACUCCUUGCUCGUCUGGCUGUGCUGAGCGAUGAAGAUUCCUCUGUGGUGCCUGGUGGUGCUGCUGGCAAGUCUCUUCACCCCUGGACACAGCGACUGCCAGGGGGAAUGUGUGGCCUGCGGUGUGCUCUUGCAGCAGCAGCAGCUGCAGCAAGUCUUCAACACCAUGGUGUGUUUGUUGGAGUGUGAGGGUCACGUCUCCUCCUCACUUACAUGGGAGGUGUGUCAACGUGCCGUGAAGCUGUCCCGCCAUCCCACACUGUCUGAGGGGGGCGCUCUGUUCAAGAGAAUCGGAGAAGAGCUGGAGCUGACCUCUCUCGACCUGAACUCUGACAGUGAGCUGCUGCAGUCCGCAGCCGCAGAGCGCUUCGCGGAGGGGGAGCGGGACAAGGUGCCCUUUGAGCAGCGCAGUGUCCAGUAUGACUCAUCGCCGCUGGAAUCCUCCGAGGGGGGGGAAGGCCUGCUGGGCCCGGAUCUGAGUCUGGCAGACGGCGAGAGAAAGCCAAGGGAGCAGAGGAACGUGGGGAGUGACGGCCAGCAGGAAGGGUUGAGCGAGGAUGAGGGCUCGGAGGCCGUCACCUUGUCCAAACGCUUCGGCGGCUUUCAGAGGGGGCGCCACGGGUACAGGAAGCUGAUUGGCUCGCCCAUGAGGCCCCUACAAAAGCGCUACGGCGGGUUCAUAGGCGUCCGGAAAUCCGCCCGCAAGUGGAACAGUCAGAAACGGGUGAACCAGCUGCUCAGGCAGUACCUGGGCAUGAGGAACAGCCGCAGCGGCAGGUUCAACAACGCCCCCGUAACUCUGGUUUGGAGGAAAAACCAACUGUAAUGUGUUUCCGUUUGACCUCGCACCCCAGUUACCUCAACCAAUCACAUUUUCAUCAGCUCACUCACACUUUGAAGAGCAACGUCGCCAUCGUCACCAGAGGAACAGACUCCGCCAUCUUGCCGCACCUCUCUCUGUGUCUCCAAGUAACGAGGAAUGUUUUUUGACCGUGAUGUCCUUCGUAUCAAGCACAUGUUCAUGCCAUUCUGUGAAAUAAAAGAAUUAGAGAAGUGCAAUCGAAUAUAUAUUUUUGUGUGUCGGCAUAAUAAAGAAAAAGGGCCAAAUGAGAUUGGAAAAGUGGUUCACCGCGAGCUUUUCACCAGAGGUGAGACCUGAGGGCGGGACAUUUAAAAUCACGCUGAAUGCACUUUCAUGCAUGUGUGGAUGGAUGCUUUGUUUUGCACUCCGUGUUAUGUGAGCUGUUACUAAUGUCCAUCUCUCAUGUGAUGGACCUACUUGUUACUACAUAGGUUUCCCCUUUUUAAAUGGUAUUUUGGGACGAAACAAAUCACAUUAUUAUUAUUUCAGAUUGUUCAGUCAGAUGGUUGGACACUGCUGAAGCACAAACUGUUAAUUGCUGAUAAAGGAAUCUAAUUUUCUGCUGAAGGAACUUCAUUAAUUAAACACAAUGGAUGGGAAAUUUUAAAUUUUUAAAUUUUAAAUUUUAAAAAUUCCUCAAACUCACUAAAACUCUGGAUCUCUCCUAAAAAGAAGCAUUGUUCCCAUUGCUUCAUUCUGAGAUUUGACAAAAUAAAUUAAUUUUACCUUUCUAUUGUAUUCUAAUUCUGCACCAUUUGAUGGGGGGAUAUCAAUGUAAAGCUGGCAAGUGAUGAGUUUCUCUUCCAGGAAGCAGCAGGUUAGCAAGCUCACGAGGGCUCCUCUCAGUGGAACCAUACUGCCCUCUAGUGUUUCUUUGGAUACUGACUGCCAUGUCCUCAGUAAGAUUUCAUGUACUUCUUUGGAUUUUUCUGCAAUUACAGUGAAAUGAUAACUAACAUAAGAUGUCAAACAUACAGAUACACUUGAUUUAUGGCUGAUAUGUCCUUCCCACUCGAACUGAAAGAAAGUUCCCGAAAGACAGAGAAACGUAUUAUCGCUCAUUCUGACAGUAUUAGUAGUGUCUGUCUAUUAGCCAAACAUCUAAGGGACUGUACACAAAUGAUUUGAGUGAGGAUGGGGGCUGAACCUUAUAGUUCCCCUUUUAUAAAAGCAAAGCCUCCAAAGCAAUUGAAUUAGUAGAGUUAAUUUCACUAUUAAGAACAAAACUAAGGUAAAGUGUGGAGAAUUGACUCUUCGCUAAGUCCCGCCCUCAAACGCCAACUGGCUAAUCAUAACGUAGUGUGGUUUCAAAUGUUUUUCAUGUUGUUAAGGCUGGUUAAGUGGAUUUGGAGCUCCUCCUGGUUAAACGUUGCAUAAUAGUGAUACUCGUUAUCCGGGGUGGUUGGAAGGAGAUACGUUUCUACAUAAAACCCUGUGGAGCUAACAUUAACGUACAGAAGCUAUACUGAAUGUAUACACAGGCUGCUUUAGCGUUUUAGUGAUUGUAACCGUGAAUAAAGACUUAUAGGACCAAUGUUGUUCUGUCUGGAUCUCCAGGUGAUGUGGUGGUUCACUUUAACUCUGUGAUCUGUAGCUUCAGCUUCUAUCUUUAUUUUUUUUAACCUGUUUUCACUGCGGAAUCAGUUUGACAUGCUGGAUAUAUCCUUCAAACACAGUGAAGGCCUUUCGGUCUGCUUCUCUAGGAAAUCAAUUUCUUUGCUUUUCAAAAAACUAGACUAUGUCUUCAGUAACUGACAGCUUGUAGCAGCAGGGGGCGGGGCUUAGCGACAGGUCAGUUGUAGGACAAUUCAGUAUACCUAGAUUUAACCCAUAAUAUAUGAUUAUAGCAAUAAUCUUACAGCCAUGAAUUUGCACCUUCGAAGUUCCAGAGUUGUUUCAGAAAUUGCAAAUCCUCCCCGCACGCAGAUCCCAAAUAUUCCAAUUCUAUUUCAUCUAAUCAUUUUCGUACAGUCCCUAACUUACCCUGCAGCUCUAGAAAUGAGGGAGCAAAAGUUAGAAGUGAGGUGGAGGUGUAACCUCCCUCCACCCGGGGACACUUGGUCAUGUCACUGUAGUCCAGAAGUGCAUGAAGCUGGAAACUGGCAGGGCCGCUGGGUGUGUAUCGCACUGUUGGAUGAGAGAGGAGGUCUAAGUUACACCCGCCCUAGAAACCACCCUCCUAAUGUCCCAUUUAAGAGCAGGGAGGAGGAAGGGGAGGGGGGAGGGGGGGGUGUAGUGAAGUGAAAAGUGCAUGUCAGCUGUGGUCAUUAUUAUACAGAAUAACACAUUUCUGCUUGGGUGAAAACAUGUUAAUUUGUCCUGCCCAUCAACAUGUUUCCCUCCACUUGCAGGUCACAUCCAUUCUUUUGCAUCUUAACAGCGUUUAAUUGUUUAUUCGUGUUUCAAUUACAAGGUGUAAUAACGUAUGCGUAUGAGUGCGUGGCUGAUUGCAGUGUGACUGUGCACAUGCAUGUGUGCGAUUCUCUGUCAACCCAACACAAAAAAAAUGGAACUUGUGAAUACAGUGUACAUUUCAGACUACAUUUCUAACAUUAUACCAUUGUUCUGAGUCUUCAUACAAAAUGUGUAUAGAGAAAACUACAAUAAAACAGUUUGCUAUUUCUUUUGUGGACUGUCAUGCAGAAGGAAAAAACAACUACCAAACAC